AUUUCUUGACAACAUUAAACAUCAAUAAACGGUUGCGUUCGAUAGACCUGAUAUGCAUGUGCUUGAUUUUGAAUACCGAACAAAAUUACUUUCAGUAUAUAAGUUAAAAGAAUUGUUGUUCUCACAAUGAUUUAAUGAAUUGUAAAAUACCUCCGUUUAAAGGAUCAAAUCACAGUAAAACGGAUAUAAAAGCAAAGAAGGAAUAUAUUUAAAUGUAAUACAAUAACGAAACGGAUGAACGCUCUAAAAUUUCAAUGAUUAUUGUGUGUAAUUGUGGUUCGUCUUUACAAUAAAGACUGUUGACUUGUGGAAUCAAAAUAUUAGUGUGAAAGUUACUUUGGCGGAUACGGAACUAAAGACAAAACAUUAGUGUGAAAAUUACCUUGGAACUAAAGACAAAAAUGGCUAAGAAUUCUGCUAAUACGUCUGAUGGACAAUUAGUUUCUGGAGAAAGUAAUAAACAGAGUGGGAAGAAAUUCAAUCAUUUUGAAAUAACACACCCGACAGAUCUUGCUGCGGCAUACCAUUACGAUAAAGUUGUGGGUGUAAUAAAAAAGGAUACAACUGAUCGAUCUGACGCUGAGAUAAACCAAAUUAUAUCAUGGUUUCAAAAGAAAUCUGAUUUAUUUAAUCAAUUAAACGAAAAAAUCAUUCACGAUUUGAUUAAAAACUGCUCUUUUACGACAGUAGAUCGUGAUUUUGUGGUAAUCAAACAAGGUGAUAAAGGCGACUGUUUCUUUAUAAUUCUAAACGGAUCCGUGGCUAUCCACAUUAGUACAACGUCAGGAUAUGAAGAUGAGCGAAAAGAAUUUUCAAAUAAAGAGGAAGGAUCGACAGAAGGACAGGACGACAAGGGGAAAAAGGAGGAGGAAAAACCCAAAAACUUAGUUCGAUCUAAGUUUGGAAAAUAUGUCGGCAAAAUAGAAUCUGGUAAAAGCUUUGGGGAACUUGCUCUCAUAAACCCAGAUUGUAUUCGAAAUGCAACAAUAAUAGCAGAUGAAACCACUGACUUAAUUGUCAUUGACCGAGAGUUAUAUAACAGGUGUAUUCAUUCCUUCCAUUCUAAGGAAUUUGAAGAACGGAAACACUUUGUCGAAACUAAUCCCCUGUUCGAUGGCUGGCAUCCAAAGGUCAAGAGACAAUUGGCAAUGAGUUUACGGAAGGAGAAAUUAACUUUUGAAAGUUAUAUUGUCAAACAAGGAUCUCCAUUUGAUGGUUUACGAUUUAUUCUCAGUGGCCAGGCAAAAAUCUACUGUGACCCACACAUGCAUUCUAUGCAAUAUCCAGAUUAUUAUCCAUUACCGGAUGUUGACGAGUUACAGAAAGAUGAAGUCAGGGAAUCACUAAGAAGGGAACUAGGCCUAGACACGCAUUCGCAUAAGCCCGAUGGAUACAAGCCUUUGGUCACAAAUCUUCAUAAACUGUCUACACAAGACACAGAGAAAAGCGGAACACGUUCUCCACAUCUUCAUCAUAUAGAACUAUGCUUAAUUUGUUCACAGGAGUUAAUAGGUGAUAUGGAGGUUGCUAUGGAUUUAGAUACAUAUUCAUAUACCGUGAAUUGUAUACAAGAAACAGAAAUAUAUGUACUGGACCAGAAAAAUUACGAAAGGCUAUUUGAAAGACGAAAUCCACAAGUUGUUGAAAAGAUCAGGAGUUCAGUGCUAGAGAAAUUUUCACUAAGACUUUCUUGGAUACAAGAUAAAAACGAUCUUCCUUUGUUUCGCUAUUUACUGUAUAAGAUUGAAGAAUCAAGGCGACAGAAAAAAUCAAAGAGAGACAAGAGAUUAUGAGAGAUGAUGUACAUGCUAAAUAUCGCUUGGUGAUAAACAAUUAAAAGCAGGAACCUUUAUAACUGGAAACUCUAAAAAAACAUUUAGAUACAAACUGACACAAAAAGCAAGAGUACUUAUAUAUCUCUCGUAUUGCUGUUUGUUCAAAGCAAAUAACAGUGUAAUCUUGUAAUAUGGGAGAAUAAAUUGCUGAAACAAACUUAUAAAAAAACGUCUAAAAAUUAAGUUGUAUUACCAUAUCAUUCCAUUAACUAGUGUUUAAUGGUCUCUUUAUAAAAUAUUGUGCAAAAAUAAUUUAUCAUCUCUCAAUUUUCAACAUGUCUUUAUCAAAAAAUAUUUGAUCCAAAGUCACAUUUUUUGUUUUUCUAUUUUUAUAUAUAUCUAAACUUAAGGAUCCAGAUCUGCCAGACAAAAAUUACUUUAAGUGUUUCAUUCAUGUCGCCAUUUUGUUCUGUUGUGUAAGGGUGGCACAUAUGUGCAUUUUAAUAAUCAAUAAAUUUCAACAUUACAAAUAUGUUCCUUUAUAAAAGAAAGUUGAGUCUCCUCUUAUUCAAAGAUUCAAUGACAAUUAAGAUUACCAAGGAAGCAUUAUUCAGUUUGAGUCAUAACUCGAUCAUUUCCAAAAAUGUUCAUAUUUGAGUAUUGCAAUUCAGAUAUAUAAAAUGUCAUUCGGUGACCUAUAUUUACUUAGAUUCGCUUCAUUUGUACUCUGUUGGAUAGUUAUGUCAUUGGUAAUCAUACCACAUCCUUCUUACUUGAUAUUGAUUUUUUUUUCCAACUUGACAACUUUGUAACCAUAAAUUAAUGGUGCAAUAAAAGUCAACCUUAAUCGCAGUUAGAAAAGACCUUAUAAAUGCAAAAAUGUCAAUAGAUUGUGUUGUUUUGUCCCCUAUGUAACAGUUUGAAAACUUUAAAAAAACACACAAAAGAAACAAUUUGCAAUUGUAACCACUCAAAAAUAGAUGAUACACCUUUUAUACAAUCAAAACAAGAAAAAUAUUUCAAAUGGCCAUAUAAUUUCAAAGAUUGAAAAUAUUUGUAUAUGUAUAUUACUUAUAUUAACGUUUCAAGAAUAUUAAAAUAGAAGGCACUUCAUUUUAUAAUUAAACUUGUUUCUUAACUA